CGGAGGAUCUGUUGUCCGCCGUGGCAUCGUCAUUCCAUUUGUACGGAAUUUUUUGUACCCUUUUGUGUCUUCCACGUGGCUGUUCCAGUAUCAGCGGCAGCACUACUGUGAUUUUUGCGUGGGCGGCCUCUUGUACAGUUUGGCCUUGGUAGUACCCCUUUGACGCCAGAAGGGCAGAAGCGAUGGCUGCUUUGGCCGCAGUGUUGGUGCUGUGGCUGUUGGUGGCAUCAAGAGCCGCUGGUGUCCUGGGGCCACACGCGGAUUCCGAUUGCUCGACGACGACGGAGUUCAGCGCUCAGCUUUACAGUCUCGUCCGAGCCUUCUGCGACGACAAUCUCUAUUCGGGUGACUGCUGUCGGGCGAUCCAAUGGACCACAAUGGAGGUGCUGAGCAACGCCGACGGCAAUCGCGCCUGCGCCGACGACUUCCUCUCUUCUCUCCUGGGUAUUGCCGGCUUCACAGAGGAAGCACUCAAUCUGUGCGCCGAUGGCGGCUAUCGUGUGUUCGCAGACGGUGAGCAGAGAAACAAGGAGCCACUGUACCGUCUACUGCAAGUCGACCCCGGUGUUGUCUCCGUGCCGCCACCGUCCGCAGGGCCCACUCGAGGUGGUACCGCCACCCAACCAUACACGAGGGAGGAGGAGGAGAAGAUGGCCGUCAUCCUGCAGGAGAGGAGGGAGAAGAAGGAGGCCGAUAAGAAGGCCUUGAAAGAAGAACAGGCAGCCAAAUUGAAGAAGAUGGAGGAAGAAAUGGCCAGGGAGAAGGAGAGGCUGAUAAAGGAAGAAGAGGAGCAGCUGAAGGAGGUGGAUGAAGAGGAGGAGGGACCACCACUGCAAAGGAGUGGGCAGCACAGCGGCCGCAACAGUGAUGAGAUGGAGAAGAAGAUUUCGGAGUGGGUCGCCAACUUAUCCCUGGGUGAGGAGGAAGAGGUUGCUAUGUACAUCCCCAAGGAUGAGCAAGAAGCCUCCAUGAAGAAAUGGGAAGCAGAAGAAGAUGUUCUGACGCGGCGGGCGAUGGAGGACGAACAAAGGAUGGCGUGGAAGCUCGUAGUGAUGAGGGAGAAGAAGAGAAGAGUGGAGGCGGCGAAUGCGGCAAUGCAGGAACUGGAGGAGGUGAGGGCUGCCGUAACAACACAAUUGAUUCCGCAAGUGGAUCUCCAACGUAAAGUGGAGAUCAUCGCCCARAGCGUUGAGCGGUUAGCUAAAGUGCAAGAAAGACACUUUGAGUUUAGUCGCAGCCAGGAGAUAUCUGUACGCUCGAUGCGAACAGGCUUACGAGAUUUUGGUCGCGAACUAGUAGGUGCUGUGGGAUCCGAGGUGAGUCAUCGCCUCGAGAAGACUGAGCGUUUUUGUGUCGGUGCCAUCGAAGGCGUCAAGGUGGCCGCUCCCAAGGAGGAGGAGGUCCGUCCUCGCAAGGAGCCAGUGAAAGUCAAAUUCCCUGAUUCCUACAGCGGGAAAAGGGAAGAGAACUUUGACAAUUGGGAGGCCAAUGUUAAGACCUAUGUGCAUUUGCAACAGGUCUCCCCGGAUCAGCAGGUCUUAAUUGCGAUCCAUGCACUUAGAGACGAGGCCGCUGGUUUCGCGAGAUCCCUUGUUCGUGCUGCCAACUGUAGCGACGAUCCAGUUGCGUACUCUUCAUUUACGUCCCUCACCGAAUCCCUGAAGUUGCUGCGCGAGCGAUUUGCUGAUGUCGCUCGCAGUGUCAAGGCCUCAGACAAGCUCCAAACCAUCCAUUCUCGUAAAUGGAAGAGUGCCAGGGCACUCAAGGGUACAAUGGAUGAGUUGGUGGCCGUCCCUGACCAUGGGGUCAUAGAGGGCCAAUUGGUCAACCUCUUUUACCGGGCUAUGCCCGAAGCCUUUCGAGGGUAGUUCUUCGCGAAGAGCGAAGACCCUGUCACCACUUACGAUUCCUUUAGUCGUGAGGUGGUGGCUUUUGAAGCGAAGUCGGUGUCCUUGUCCACCUUUUGGCAUAAGGAUUUGGACAAGGGAAAGCAAUGGAAAGGCCGCACUAUCUCAGGGCCGGUGUCUAGAUAGCUGUCCCGAAACUGCUUGUGUUAGAGUUUCGCUAGACACCUCCCUCAUAGGCGGGGCCGAAGAAUUGAAACAGAGGAUGCCCGCCUGGGCCAAGAUGAAGAAGGAGAAUAAAGGGCAGCUUAUAUU